GGAAAGUCAUUUUGUGAACGACUCUGACAUGCAAUCAAUGGUCGCAUCUCAACAACAACUCAUCCGAAGAUCACUCAAUGGCAGCAACAAAGACAUGAAAGACAUCAAAGACAUGACCACUAAUGAUAGCAGUGAUCAUAAUAAUACGCACAACGAGUGCAACGAUUCAGUGAGCAAUGGAUCCAAUGGAUCCAAUGAGACCCUCAAUAAAGACUUGAAAGACAUGACAUGCGAGCCAUCGACGGACACUCCAGACGUGAGUCAAAGUCUUUUGGGAUCAGACCUGAGUUGGAGUGUGACUGACGUGAGGAAGAGUGCGGACAAUCGUCAGAGGAAGAAGAGGUCCAACAACUCGUGGCUUAAUAUAUUGAAUCCGACGUAUAAGACAAGACAUGAAGAGUUCAAACGAUUGUUCUCUCAUUUGGUGCCAAACAAUGAGAGACUAGUUGUCGACUAUUCCUGUGCUCUUCAGAAGGAGAUCUUAGUUCACGGAAGGCUUUACUUGUCUUUGAAUUACAUCUCAUUUUACGCCAAUAUUUUCAAAUGGGAGACAAGUCUUGUGAUUAAGUGUCGGGACAUCUCAUCCCUAACCAAAGCCAAUACGGCGCGAGUCAUUCCUAACGCCAUUCAAGUGGUCACCACUUCUGGAGACAGAUAUGUGUUCACAUCGUUUGGCGCUCGAGACAAGACGUAUGUCAUGCUCUUCAGGAUCUGGCAAAACGCUCUCUUAGACCAACCCAUGAGUUCCGCACAGCUCUGGCAUUGGGUUCAUUACAGUUAUGGCGAAGAUUUGGGACUCACUUCGGAUGACGACGAGGAGUACUAUAGCGACAAUUUGGUGCACCCUUUGGCACCACAAACACCGCCCAUAAACGCCGAUCCCUCCGAUCCGUUGCCAUUCACUGAUCCCGUCUUAAUAGUAGACCGCGAAGUCUUCGAAGACUGUUUGGAUUCGGCGACUAUAUCUUCAAACUGUAGGUGCGAUUCACACGACGGCAAACUUAUUAUGAAUGAGACAUUUGCGGUGACCAUCGAUCGGGCGUUUGAGUUGAUAUUCACGGACAAUAAGUUCAUUCAUAAUCUUCAUAAGUCUCGCCGAACUUAUGACCUCAAAGUGGGUCAAUGGGAGGACUCGGAGGACAAAGACAAGGAUCAGUGCCGACAAUUGACUUAUACGGUGGCCCUAAACCACGCUCUCGUCAAGUCUGCGCGAACUGUCGAAUGUCAAAGUCUUAUGGCCGACACCAGCGACAGCACUGAUCGCAAGUAUUAUACCAUCAAAUCGGUGGUCGAUAACGAAGGCAUUCCCUAUUGUGACACAUUCUCUACGAACUCUUUGUGGUGUUUAACACAAGAGUCUGAAGAAGUGACGCGAAUCAGAGUUCAUUCCAAAGUGGUAUUCAAGAAGAAUAUCUGGGGAUUGUCUCUAAUGAAGUCAACCAUCGAGAAGAACUCGAUCCAAGGGAUCAGUGACUUCUGUACCGAUCUCUGCAAACAACUGCCCCAUUGGCUGCAAAUGGAACACAAUUUAGGAAUUAAUUUGGUCCAUUGA